AUGGGGAACAAUAGCAGCUCCACAGUGGAUGAUCUGCAGGCUGUUGAGAUCCACCACUGGUACAAAAAGUUCAUGACGGAGUGUCCUUCUGGACAGCUGACAGAGCAUGAAUUUAAACAGUUCUUUGGGCUUCGAGGGCUGGAUCCACAGGCCAAUGAAUACAUUGAGCAGAUGUUUCGCACAUUUGAUAUGAAUAAGGAUGGAUAUAUUGACUUCAUGGAAUAUGUGGCUGCCCUCAGCCUUGUUCUCCGUGGGAAGAUGGAACAGAAAUUGCGGUGGUAUUUCAAACUGUAUGAUGUAGAUGGCAAUGGCUGCAUUGAUCGACAUGAAUUGCUGAACAUCAUUAAGGCUAUUCGGGCUAUCAAUGGUGGUGACCAUGAAACUAGUGCAGAAGAGUUCACCAACAGAGUCUUCAACAAAAUUGAUGUGAACGGAGAUGGUGAACUUUCUCUGGAUGAAUUUGUGGAAGGAGCAAGGAAAGACGAGGAGUUCAUGGAGGUUAUGAUGAAAAGUUUGGAUCUGUCACACAUUGUGGCCAUGAUCAACAACCGUCGGCAUAGUGUAUAAAUCAAUCUGGGAGAAAAUGGUGUGCCAAUAGACUGAAGAGUGUACACACACCAGGAAGGACAGAAGUUUUUAAAAAACAAACAAAAUUUCCAUAAGCAUACAUAUGGAAGUAGGAACAGAAAGAAACUGUUAUAUGUGUGUACCUGAGUCCAUGUUCUUGGACAAGUGUUGAAACAGACACACAUAUGCAGGGGAGGUUCAGAAAAACUGGGUCUGUGUAGCAGUAUUCAACAUGACUUCCUAAAUGCUAAAGGGCAAGUUUCAAGACACAAAUUACUUCCUUCUGUGCCCCAGAUUGUCACUUUGCAAUGGACUAAAGGUAAUCCUAAAUUUGCAAAGAGCACUGGGAGAAAGGAGUGAUGGGCUGUGAAAAAUCAGAUGUAUACAAAACAAGAGCUACAAAUUGUUGUCAAUGGAAAGAACUGUCAAUACAUUGUAACAUCCCCUGUUCUUGUCAUGAUAUUAGAUCAUAAACACCAGCAGGCUUGUCUGUUCCGGAUUUGCUCAUAUUUGGUAGUCUCUGAUAGCCUUGGUAGCUUUAUUAAUAAGAGCUUGACAGCUGGAAGAAACAUCAGUCUUUAAGGCUCAUAAUGACUAUUCU